AUGGCCACCUCCCAAGAGCCCAUGGAAUCUACCGGGGAAGUUGGGCUCAGCGACGCGGAAGACCCUACGGUGGCCCACUUUGCCAGCCUGGUGGCCAAGAUGGAGCCUAUCGAUCCUAGCAUCCUCAGAGCAACUUCCGCCUGGCGAGUGCUGCAAUCCUUCGGUGCGGCAUUGAGAUGGACCAACACGGAUCUGUAUGAACGGAGCUUUCCUGUGAGUUCGAUCCAAGUUUUCUGGAGCCACAGCUGGCAUGGGAACAACUACAUGAAGAGGCUCCUGUUGAUUUUACUGUACAAUGGGCCUGCUGCAGCCAUCGCCGCCACCAUCUCAGCUUUGCUGAUGAUGUGUUUGCACAUCGCAGGAUUACUACCAGGUUUCCCGCGAGCUAGCAUAUUAUUAUUCGAUCACGGAGUGGAGUUGGUAUUUGCCCCCUGGUGUAUGCUCACGGCAGGGUUCGUUUUCGCAGCCGUCCUUCUCCUAUGGAGAUCCACUAGCCGAGUCUUCCUUGACCAAGUAUGCAUCCAUCAGACGGAUACAGAGCUGAAAGGCAAUGGAAUCCUGAGCAUUGGCGCCUUCUUGAAAUACUCCGAGCAGUUUCUCCUCGUUUGGGACAGCACGUAUGCCGGGAGAUUAUGGUGCCUACUAGAGCUGGCUGCCUUCCUCACAAGUCAUGAAAGGCCACGUGAGAAAGUUACUGUCAGGCUGACGGCCAUGGCCCCUUGCAUUUUGGGUUUUGGGAUUGCCCUAUGGGCUUCUAUGCUACACUGGAUCUUGGUGGAAGAGCACACUGCUUUCGAAACGCUGGCACUCGUGCUGUCACGGUGGUUCUGCUUCUACCUGGCAGCCUCCUACUUGCGUGAGCACUACCGGAACACAGAGAUUAUGCUCAAGCAGCUCGCCGACUUUACUGUUCAAGGUGCGCACUGUCACUGCUGCAUUGACGAAGAAUCGUGUACUGCCGAAGUCUGCGAUCGUGCGGUCAUCGCGCGAUGCAUUCGCAUCUGGUAUGGAUCUGUUGAGGCCUUCGAGGCUACUGUAAGAACGCAUGUCAGGCACAUGUUAUACCGUCAGUUGGGUGGAUUGUUGUUCCCGUAUCGAUGGCAAGUCAUUGGUGCCUUGCCUCUUUUCUGGGGAUUCGCAGAUCUCAUCGCGGCACGUGGGCGGGGCGGAAACUGGAAAGUGGCUGGAAUGUUGUGCUUGGCCAGCCUGACUUGGUGUUUCCUUCUGAUUCCCCUCGUCUUUCAGGUGGCAUUGAUUUUAGCGAGACAUUUUCGCAGAGAGCAGAGCAGUGUGUGGCAGGACAGGCUGAAAAGCGUUGGGGUGGCCCUUGUGGUGACCUUGCUAUCUUUCCUUGGCAAUUGGACUGCGUGGCUCAUGGCGGAUGUGUUUUCGGCAUCUCUAUGGAUGGGCGGUUCAGCGGUGCUUUUUGGAAUAUCAUGGUUGGCCCUCCGAUUUCAGGCCGGACAAACAGCACAGAUGUUGGAUUCGAUCGGAAAGGAGGUGGGCGAGAGCUCCGCUGCCAGUGUGGCUGGCAAACCUCCGGAUGAGCUUGCAUCUAGCUGCUAG